AUGGACAGUGAAGUGGAUGACUUCAUAGUGCCCUCUGUUUUAAAAGCUUGCAGCCAAGUUUUGAUGAUCCAUUUGGGAAGAGAGCUUCAUGGGUUUGCCUUGAAGAAGGAUUGGAUACUGAUGUUUAUGUUGAAGGAUGUUGUUUCAUGGAGUGUAAUGGUUGGAGGGUACAGUCGAAAUGGAUUGUUGGAUGAAGCAUUAGGAAUUGUAAGGGAGAUGCAGUUCAUGGAAGUGAGGCCUAGUGAGGCUGCCAUGAUCAGCUUGGUGAAUCUCUUUGCAGAUUAUGGAGAUAAGCAAAUGGAUAAAGCAAUGCAUGGCUUUGCUGUAAGGAACGUUGAAAAAAUGGGUGUUCCUUUAACUACUACUUUGAUUGACAUGUAUACCAAGUGUGGAGAUUUGGCUUCUGCAGUAAAGCUUUUUGGUGGAUUGAGUAAAAAGGGACUUGUUUCAUGGACUGUUCUGAUUGCAGGGCAUAUUCGUUGCAAGGAAUUAGAAAAGGCUAUAAAACUUUUUCGUAGAAUGCUGGAAGAAGGGAUACAUCCUAAUGAGAUUACAAUCUUGAGUUUAAUCAAAGAAUGUACAUCCGUUGGUGCUUCGGAAUUGGGCAGUUGGCUUCAUGCAUAUGUUUUGAGAAAUGGUUACUGUAUAUCUCUGGCUUUGACUACAGCUCUUGUUGAUUUGUAUGGGAAAUGCGGAGACACUGUAUAUGCAAGAAAACUUUUUGAUAGAUCAAAGAAUAAAGAUGUGAUGAUCUGGAGUGUUAUGAUUUCGGCUUAUGCACAGGUUCAUUCCAUUAAUCAGGCUAUCUCUCUCUUUACCAAGAUGAGGGAUAGCGGAAUAAGGCCAAACCAGGUGACAAUGGUUAGCCUACUUUCAGUAUGUGCAGAAGCUGGAGCCCUUGACAUGGGCAAAUGGAUUCAUGCUUACAUAGACAGGCAAUGUGUUGAAGUAGAUCUAGUACUGAAAACUGCGCUUGUAGAUAUGUAUGCCAAGUGUGGGGACAUUGAUGGAGCUUACAGGCUGUUUGAGGAAGCUGCAGAUAAAGAUCUCUGCCUGUGGAAUGCUAUGUUUGCUGGAUUGGGGAUGCACGGUUGUGGCAAAGAAGCUCUGAAGCUUUUCGUAGAAAUGGAGAAACUAGGUGUUAGGCCUAAUGAUAUCACAUUUAUAGGACUUCUUCAUGCUUGCAGUCAUGCUGGAUUGGUGGCUGAAGGCAAGAUUUUAUUUGAAAGAAUGUUUCAUAGGUUCAAUUUGGUUCCAAAAGUUGAGCACUAUGGUUGUAUGGUGGAUCUUCUAGGCCGAGCAAGACUUCUUGAUGAGGCUCAUGAAGUGAUUAAAAGCAUGCCGAUAAGGCCAAACAGCAUUGUGUGGAGCGCCCUGCUUGCAGCCUGCAAAGUUCAUCGUAAUUCAACAUUAGCAGAAAUUGCAGCAAGAAAGCUUCUUGACAUGGAGCCUCAACAUUGUGGUUACAACACCCUGGUAUCAAAUGUGUUUGCAGCAGCCAAUAGAUGGGAUGAUGUUGCAGAGUUGAGAAAAGUCAUGAAGAAGUUCGGGAUGAAAAAAGAACCCGGUCUUAGCUUGAUCGAAGUAAAUGGAUCAGUUCAUGAAUUUGCAAUGGGAGAUAGGAGACACUCACAAAUAGCCAAAAUCGAUGGCAUGCUAGAGGAGAUGAGAAAGAAACUGGAGGAAUCUGGAUACGUGCCAGACACAUCUGUUGUCUUACAGAACAUUGAUGAGGAAGAAAAGGAAUUUGCACUCAACUAUCAUAGUGAAAAAAUAGCCAUGGCUUUUGGCCUCAUUAGUACAGCUCCAGGCCAUCCAAUUAAGGUUGUGAAAAAUCUGAGAGUAUGCAAUGAUUGUCACACUGCAACCAAAUUACUGUCUAAGAUAUAUAAGAGGGUAAUUGUAGUAAGAGAUCGGAAACGUUUUCACCAUUUUAGAGAUGGAUUCUGCUCCUGCGGCGAUUAUUGGUAG